AUGGAACUAGGGAAUGACACACAAAUUUCAGAAUUCCUUCUUCUGGGAUUUUCAGAGGAACUAGAAUUGCAGCCCCUCAUAUUUGGGCUUUUCCUCUCCAUGUACCUGAUCACAGUGAUUGGAAACCUGCUCAUCAUCCUGGCCACCAUCUCAGACUCCCACCUGCACACACCCAUGUACUUCUUCCUCUCCAACCUCUCCUUUGUGGAUAUCUGUUUCACCUCCACAACCAUCCCAAAGAUGCUGGUGAACAUCCAGACACAGAGCAAAGUCAUCACCUAUGCAGGCUGCAUCACCCAGAUGUUCUUUUUUACACUUUUUGCAGGGCUGGAUGCCUUUCUGUUGACUGUGAUGGCCUAUGACCGGUAUGUAGCCAUCUGUCACCCCCUGAACUACAUGGUUAUCAUGAACUCCCAGCUCUGUGUGUUGCUGGUCCUUACCACCUGGAUCAUGAGUGUCUUGCAUUCUUUGUUACAUAGCUUAAUGAUGUCACAGCUUUCCUUCUGUACAGAUCAGGAAAUCCCCCACUUUUUCUGUGAAUUCAAUCAGGUGGUCCACCUUGCCUGUUCUGAUACUUUUCUAAAUGACAUGGUAAUGUAUUUUGCAUCAUGCCUACUGGGUGGUGGAACCUUUUCUGGUAUCCUUUAUUCUUAUUCUAAGAUAGUUUCCUCUAUAUGUAAAAUCUCAGUCGCUCAGGGGAAGUAUAAAGCCUUUUCCACCUGUGUCUCUCACCUCUCAGUUGUCUUCUUAUUUUAUUGUACAAGCAUGGGUGUGUACCUUAGUGCUGGUGCUACACACAGCUCACACUCAAGUGCAACAGCCUCAGUGAUGUACACUGUGGUCACCCCCAUGCUGAACCCCUUCAUCUACAGUCUGAGGAAUAAAGACAUAAAAAGGGCCCUGAAACAAUUAAUUUCAAGAAAGCAGUAA